AUACUUGAUGAACUGAAAUCUUCAGAUGUUCCAUUGCCUAAAGUGAUCACCACUGAAUUCAGUUCAUCUGAGAGAGAGUCUGUUUACCUUAGUGGAGGUGUGCUGUUCAUCACGUCAAGAAUCUUGGUGGUAGAUAUGUUGACCAAGAAGCUGCCAAUUCAUCUGGUGACAGGAAUUGUUGUUUAUCGUGCUCAUAAAAUCAUUGAAUCUUGCCAAGAGGCUUUUAUAUUACGACUCUACAGAGAAAACAACAAGAAUGGUUUCAUCAAAGCCUUUUCAGAUAAUCCUCAGGCUUUUACUACUGGUUUCUUUCAAGUGGAGAAAGUGAUGAAGAACUUGUUUGUUAGAAAACUCUACCUCUGGCCCAGAUUUCAUGCAACAGUGUCAUCAUUUCUGGAAAAGCACAAGGUACUUAACAUGUACAAAGUAAUAUAGAACUACAUGUUUUAAA